AUGAACUCCAUUUACGAUUCCUUAGGCAUCUUGGCUCCAGUCACAAUAGAGGGUAAGCGGAUUCUACGUGGUCUAAUAGCAGAAACUUCUAAAGUAAAGGAAAACACGCAUGUAGGAUGGGAUGACCCACUACCAGAAGAAUACCUACCACGCUGGAAAUGCUGGCGAGACAGUCUGGUCCAUCUUGAGAACGUUCAUAUACCUCGCUGUUACACCCCUCCUGUAUUUGGACCAGUAAAGAGAAGGGAAUAUCACAUCUUUUGUGAUGCCAGUGAUGUAGCUAUUGGAGCAGUUGCGUACUUGAGACAGAUAAAUGAUAAAGAUGAGGUAAACGUAGCAUUCCUCCUAGGAAAGGCAAAAGUGAACCCAACCAAUGCAGUAUCGAUACCUCGUCUAGAACUGUGUGCACCUAUACUAGCCACUCAGUUAGCAAGCAAGUCAAAGCAGAAAUCAGAAGUCCCACAGACUAUACAGUCUACUACACGAACAGUACAAUAG